AUGAUUACCGCCGCCGUGGCUGCCGGUGCCAAAAACGUUACACUGGCCACUGGCGGCACCGUCAAUGGCACCGUCUACAGACGUAAUGGGACGGCCGCCGUGGCUGCCGGUGCUAAAAACGUUACACUGGCCAGUGGGGUCAGCACCGUCAAUGGCACCGUCUACAGACGCAACGGGACGGCGCUGAAAACGAAUGGCACAUCCCGUCGGACCAACCGGCAGACGAGCUACUCGCCCAUCAUGCCGGUAUCGCUGGGCGCCGGCGGGCCCCCCUGGAGGCCAUACGGUGCUUCCGGGAGUACCGGUUACGAGACGUCGUUAGCCGGUGGGCACUCGAUCGUCUGUCCACCGGGGAGCACGCUGCAGAACAACCAGUGCAUCCAGCGCGUGAUGUACUGUGGGCCGGGCUUCAAUCUCGUCGGCGAUACUUGCGUAGGGCAGUCCGUCUGUCCGGCAGGUUACACGCUCCAGAACGGCCAAUGCAUGCCGACGCCGUGCCCGGCGACGACGAGCUGUGGGAUGGCGCCCCCGAUCCAGGCACCACCGGCUCAGGUGACCCUACCACCGACGGUCCUUUCGUGUACCUGCGAAACCGGCUACACCCAGAUCGGAGAUCAGUGCGUGAAGCAGGAAUCGAAGCCGGCGGAAGUGCGCACGAUCGAGAGUAGCCACGUGGAGGCGCUCACGUGUCCGCCCGGGUACGAUUUGAACUACGAGCAGUGUAUCCGACACACCGACAUGGAAUCGCGCUGCGUCCAGGGCACCCGCCGGGACGAUGUUUGCGUGGUGCCGGCCCACUGCUCCCAGCCAGCGGCCACGCUCGACGGGUAUGGGCGGUGCAUCACGAACUCGACAGUUCCGGCCCGUUGCCCACCGGAAAGCCGACUCUCGGCGGGUGGCAUUUGCGGGUACCCGACUCCCGACUGUCCCGCUGGCUACCGGGCGGAGCGUGAAGGGGUGUGCGUGCAGCGAGACCAGCGGGAGCUAAGCUGCGACCCGGGAACUCAGUUGUCCGGGGGGGUUUGUAUUGUCACGCAAUCUCGGUGUCCUCCGGCGUACCGGUUGGUCGGGGGUCAGUGUGUACAGGAGCGUCGCACGGCUCCGCGGUGCGCGACAGGAUCGCAGCCGCGCGACGGUGUGUGCGUGGUCCGGGAUCUGGAGUGCCGGCCGGGCUAUCAGCAGCGGAACGGGGCGUGCGUGAAGACGGAGAAGCAACCGGUCUCCUGCCCGGUCGGAGCCCGCAUGGUGGGCGAUGUGUGCGUCGCCGACCAGGAAGUAUGUCCGCGGGACUUCAACUUCGUGUACAUGCAGUGCGUCCGCUACGUCCAGCGGCCGGCCACGUGUCCGCGGGGGUUGCGGUUCGCGACCGGCGAGUGCAUCUCGGAGGAUGUGUCCUGCGAUGCCGGGUUUACGAUGCGCGAUGGGGAGUGCGUGCGGGAGCACGAGGGCCACUACGCGUGUCCGGCCGGAAGUCGGCUGCGCGAUGGGCUGUGCGUCGUAUCGGAGGCCACGUGUGAGGCCGGCUUCGAGCUGCAGGAUGGGGUAUGUGUGCAGCAUCAGCGCGAGCAGCCCCGCUGCCCUUAUGGGUCACAGUUCCGUGGUGGGCAGUGUGUGUACCAGGUCCAGAGCUGCCCCCCGGGAUCGGUGCGUAAGGAUGGGCAGUGUUCGCGGGACGACCAGAUCGCACCGAACUGCGCGGGGGGCUUCCAGUACAUCCGCGGCCAUUGCCUCGCCGUGCCGCACUGCGAGGGCGGGUACAGCUACAACCAGUCGGAGUCGAUCUGCUGGAGUACGUCCAGCACGGCCGUGUCCUGUCCAGCGGGCACGCACAUGGAGCACGAUCGGUGUGUAACGCGCGAAAUGGUGUGCGUGGAUGGGUACUCGUACCAGGGGGCGGGUCAGUGUGUCCUGCGCUUGACCUCAUCACCCGUGUGCCCCCCGGGAACGAUGCUCCACGGUGGCCGGUGUGAGUCGCGUGUCGCACCCCAGUGUCGCUCGGGGGGUGUGCCGGCCAACGGGGUGUGCGAGAUCCAGGAGACGGCCUACCCGACCUGUCCCGCCGGCUACCACUUCCAGGGUGGUCAAUGUAUCACGCUGGGGUCACCACCGGCCCCAUGUCCCAUGGCUGCAUACGCCGGGUGCCAGAGUCCCUGCAACGGUGGCUGUAACAGCCCCUGCCCGUUCCGGUGUGGCGCUCAGCCUGCGGCGCCACUGACGGCCCACUGCCCGACGGGCUACACGAUGGCGGCCGGGGGCGUCUGCAGUCGACGGUACUCACUGCAACUGGAGUGUCCGGCCGGAUACACGAUGAACAGCGGCCAGGAGUGUGUCCGACAGCACGCGAUGAUCUGCGGCACGGGCUUCCUCGACGGGGAGCACUGUGUGCGGCUCCAAACUCGACCGGCCAGCUGCCGGGAUGGCCUGGUGCUCCACGAGGGUCGCUGCGUUUACAUGGCCCCUUCAUGCCCCUCGGGAUACCGCAGCGUAGCCGGUGGCUGCGUGACGGUAAACGAGAGGCCGGCGCAGUGUCCGGCGGGCAGCACCAAGCGGAAUGGGUUCUGCGUGGGGACCGUUACCUGCCCGACCGGGUUCUAUCUGACCCGGGGUGUGUGUCACCGUGAGGAGCACACCCCGAUCGGUUGCCCGCCCGGGUUCGUCUACACCGACGGUGAGUGCGUCAGUCAGUUCCGGUGCCCGGAAGGGUUCCGGUUCGAGGCGGACCAGUGCGUGCGGACGACGCACCGCUCGGUGACGUGUGCCGCCCCAUCCCGGCACGUGCAGGACUGGUGUGUCCUGAGUGGCCCCAACUGCGAUCCGGGCUAUGAGUUCGUGGCCGACACUCGGUGCAUCAAGACGGAGUACCGGAGCGUGAUCUGCCCCCCGAAUAGUCGGCUACGCGGGGCGGUGUGCGUGUCGCUCGACGUUCCGACGUGCGAACCGGGCUUCACGCUGUCCGCGGAUCAGUGCACCAUGCUGGAGAAGCGCCCCAGCCAGUGUCCGCCGGAGUUCGUCAUCAGCGGAGCGCGAUGCGUUUCGCGGCGAAUGAUCUGCCCGCCCGGUUUCGAGGUGAGCGGCAACGAGUGCGUGCGGGAGAUCCGCCAGCUACUGACGUGCCCCCCGGGAAGUAACCUCCGCAACAGUCUGUGCAUCACCGGAUCGCCGCAGUGUGAACCGGACUACAAGAUGGUCGGCACGGAGUGUAUCCGUGCGAUCUACAGUUCGGUGGAAUGUCCGCCCGAUACGAUCAUUAGUGCGGGUGGUCAGUGUGUGCGGAGUGCAUCCUGCCCGCCGAGCUACCGGCUGGAUGGGACGUUGUGCGUCAAGCUCCACUCCGUGCAGCUGUCCUGUCAACGGGGCACGCUGGUCAGCGGGGAGUGUGUAGCGCCCGGUCCGAACUGUCCCGAAGGCUACGAGUUCCGGCGAGGGGUCUGCGUGCGGAGAGAGUCCACCGAACCAAGCUGCCCCGCGCACUCCACCCUCCGGGGACACCAGUGUGUCGUCGGGCGGCCCGAGUGCGUCGAAGAUUUCCACUACUCCAACGGGCGCUGCACGAAGGUGUCCAAGCUGCAGGCCCGCUGCUCCGGGUCCGGGACGCAGCUGAAGGAUGGCCGGUGUGUGUCGGUGGUCAAAUCGACCACGGCCUACUGCUCGCAGGGAUACACCCUUCAGGGAAGCCUGUGUGUGCGCUCGUUGUAUACGCAAACCAACUGUGUGGCUCAGUACGGCGCGACCGGUAACGGGGUACCGGGGCUCGAUGUGCAGAGUAUCGUGGUCCCACCGCUACAACUUGCCACACCAUCAUCCGUCUUGUGGGCGGCAGAUGUUCCAACAUUCCACCAGGUCGGUACCGUCGGUGGCACCGUGACUGGUGGCACUGUGACUGGUGGCACCAUGACUGGUGGCACCGUGACCUCGACGAACGAUGUGUUUGCAGCGUUCUUCGAAAGCCACAAUCUGUACGACAUUGCCAGUGAUGGAUUCCGGUACACACCGAGCGGCGACACCAGGUACGACUCGGUCCAUGGGGGUUCUCACGCGGUAUUGUCGAAACCGGUCCAUGGGCUCACUACGAUCGCUCCGGAGUCCGGGGUGGCGCAAGUGACACGGUGCACUGUCGUUGGACCGCGGGUCUGCACGGCCGAGGAUGAGCUGUCGGGCUGGAAGUGUGAGCAAGCAACCUUCAAGGACGUCGCCUCCAGUAUGUGCAUCAGCGUCGGAACUACCAUCCGACUGAAGAGGCGACGUCCUUGA